AACACUGCGAAAUCGUAAUCUCGUCUACACAUGUCCUAUAGACGUUAUGUGAUUUAUUAGAUCGCUAUUUAACAAUUAACUCAGUUCUCGUUGGCAAAUUAUUCUGCACACACGUACGCUAUUUUAAAUGGAUUCGCUAGACAUAGACAAAAAACGCGCAAUUGAACUUGGUGUUCGCUAUGUUGAUACCCACUGGAAAUCGGUAAUUGAGAGUGAAAUCGAAGUUUCGGUUUUAAGUGGUGGAUUGAGCAGUCGUUUGUACUUAGUUGAGGAUACUUCGACUUCCACAGUAAAUCCAAUAAGUAAAUUUUUGGUUCGUUUUUACGGCGGUAAACUGACUCCCAAGGACGAACCAAUUAGGCCCGAAGGUGGUGAAGUUAAAGAGACCAUAGUGUUCUAUGCCGUCGGUUUGGCGGGAUUGGGACCAAAGUUGUACGGAUCUUUUGAUGGUGGUCGGGUCGAGCAGUUUAUACUUUCACACACGUUACGAGAGCAAGAUUAUGAACAGAGACCAGAAACUUUAUUGGAGCUUGCCAGAAAAGUGGCUCGGUUUCAUGCGUUGGACAUUCCCAUCUCGCAAGAACGCCAUCAAUUACUCGAUGUGUGUGAGUUCUACCUUGAAAAACGGGACUUUGAACAGUUUCGCAAAUUGACCGAUUACGCUGGUAUAACGGAUGUAAGUCUGUUCGAAGAUUUCGAUGUAAAAUCGGAAAUUCAGUGGUUGAGGAAGGUGGAACAGCUAGUUAAUGGUCGAAUUGUUACAAUUUGCGGAGAUUUAAACAAAAAUAAUAUUCUGAUACGUGACGAACCAGACAAAUUUGGUGAAAGAGUGAUGAUAAUCGAUUAUGAACUUGUUGCACGAGAUUAUCGUGGUCGUGACAUAGGUCAAGUUUUCGCUUAUAAAUUGUUUGAAAUGAACGAUGGCUAUUUUAAUGUAUGCUGCGAAUAUCCCGAUGAGACAUGGCGUCGCUCUUUUGUAACUGAAUACUUAAAGCAAACGAAAUCAUUGAACUACUUUGAAUGGGACGAAAAAUUGGAUAGUGUGGACCACGUACUGAUGGAGGCUGAAUGUUUCGUAUUCCACUCCUUUCACUUGGUUGUUGGUUUUUUCAUGAAUCAAAAAGAAGACAGUUUUUUCUACAAAAUGCCACCAGACAUGUCUCGGAGUAUGCUGUUGAAUCUUGGUGCGCAAAUGAUAGCAAUGUAUUACCAACGAAAAGACAUUUUCAUCAAAACUUACGGCAAACUUUUGGAUUUGAGCAACUAGAAGAUUUAUGCAGAAUAUUUUAUUGGAUUUCUAUGUUUUGUGAACUGUUUAUGUUUGCGCGCAAGAAGCUUUUUAAUAUAAUUGCUAACC